CUCCGUUCCCUUCGCCUCUUGGAGAGAUUCCAAACUCCCCUCCUCCUCCUCCUCCUCCUCCUCCUCCGCCUUCUUCGUUGCUUUUGUUUCUCCUAUUUUUUCUUCAUUUCUUGGGCUGCUGCUCUCAUGGCGGACGGUGCGAACGGGAGGGCCGGAGGUGAUGUGAAGGCGAUCUUCCGGCAGAUCUACCUUACCCUCAAAGCGGAGCUGCUCGAGGAUCCCGCCUUCGAUUUCACCGACGACGCCCGGCAAUGGAUCGAUAAGAAAAAAAGGGAAAUACUCCACAUGUUACAGAUGCUGGACUACAAUGUACCUGGAGGUAAGCUGAAUCGCGGGAUCUCUGUGAUUGAUAGCUAUAAGCUGCUAAAAGGAACUGAACUGAGUGACAAUGAAGUGUUCCUAGCAUGUGUCCUUGGUUGGUGCAUUGAAUGGCUUCAGGCAUACUUUCUAGUCCUUGAUGAUAUUAUGGACAACUCCCACACAAGGCGAGGUCAGCUCUGUUGGUUCAGAGUGGAGAAGGUGGGUCUUAUUGCUGCAAAUGAUGGGAUUAUACUUCGCAAUCACAUUUCUCGGAUUCUUAAAAGGCAUUUCAGGGAAAAGCCUUACUAUGUUGAUCUCCUUGAUUUGUUUAAUGAGGUUGAAUUUCAGACAGCUUCAGGACAGAUGCUGGAUCUGAUUACUACUCAUGAAGGAGAACAGGAUCUGUCAAAAUACACAAUGCCAGUUUAUCGCCGCAUUGUUCAGUACAAAACUGCCUACUAUUCAUUCUACCUUCCGGUGGCAUGUGCAUUGCUGAUGUCUGGAGAAAAUUUGGAUAAUUUUGUUGAUGUAAAAAACAUUCUAGUUGCAAUGGGAACAUACUUCCAAGUACAGGAUGAUUACCUUGAUUGCUUUGGUGAUCCUGAAGUAAUUGGUAAGAUUGGUACUGAUAUUGAAGAUUUUAAGUGCUCCUGGCUCGUUGUGCAAGCCCUGGAACUUGGUAAUGAGAGUCAAAAGAAAAUAUUAACUGAGAAUUAUGGAAAGUCAGAUCCAGCUUGUGUCGCAAAAGUUAAAUCCAUUUAUAAAGAUCUUGAUCUCCAGUGCAAUAUACAUGUUUCUGUGCUUUGCCCAUUUAUCAUGGUUGUAUGUGAUAUUUUGCCACAUUUCUUGUAAGUUAUCCUAGCUUGCUAUUUUAACUGUGAUACGUUUUGACCAUAAGAUAAAGCAUUGAUCAACAUUGUUGUAUGAUGCUGGUACAUUACCAAUUUUGGCUUUACUAGGAUAACAUUUUUUCUUUUUCUUGGUAGUAAAUUUGUCGAGUUGUACUGAAUUUUAUAAGCCAGUUGCGUGAGCUAUAACACAUAGGAUACUUCAGCAUCUGCAAAAUCAAACAGAGGACGAUUUUUGUUGGGAACAUAUCUGCCUCAAUCCACUAUGUGAUUCUACGUAAUUGAAGUACGCUCAUUUUAAGGUAAAUGAAUGUUUUGGAAGUAGGCCACGCCAGCCUUAUAGGUGCCCUUAGUUUUGCAUCAUAUUUGAGUCUUGAAUCUUGAUAGAUGAGAAUGAUUGGUCAAUUGUUAUCAGAUGUUGCCAAGCUGGUAGUUCUCAUUGACAUACUGCAUCUUAGCUGAUAUGUCAUCUUUAGUUGAUGUUGCCAAGCAAAACGUGGCCUCCCUUUUUGAAGGCAUAUACAAAGUUCAAGCAGUGUGGGUAAUCUAUCGUAUUGCAUAAAUUUUCAACAAGGGGAAUCUACAUAGUUUGGGACUUUAUAUUAGUUUUCAUUCUGGAAUAUGGACACGUAGGCAUCUAAGCUAAAUCAUAUCUUCCACAAAUUAAAAUUUGUAAGUGGUACUUGCCACCCCAAAUGAACUAACGCAACACUAAAGGUCAUUGAUCAAAAGGAAAAGAAUAUAACGGUCUAUGCCCAAGGAAUAAAAAGAAAAUAUUUUAAGGCCAAUCAGUUGUCCCUAAGCUCCAUUUCAAUCCAUCUUGACAAGGAAAGAAGAUAGAGAAUAUAGUUUGUUAGUCAGAGUAGAAAGGAGAAACAGAUGGACAGGCAGUUGUACAUGAACAAAAUAAUCUGAAAAUGUUGAAAUUAGGUAGUUCUUUAUAAAGAUUCAUAUUCAGUGUGCAGAUCAAAAUGAUAGUUUUUAUGAUUAGUUAAGAUAGUGUUCAUCAUUACAAAUAUAGAGUUGCUUGUCUUCUUGAACCUUUGUUUUUAGUAUAAUUAUUUGUAAGUUGAAUAUGGAAUGUUCUUUUCUUUAGAAUUAUUUUUUCAACUAAUUAUAAGUUUUUUUAAUAUGUACAUAUAUGAACCUGAUGUUGUAGUUGACUUUUGAUUAUGAAUGAAAUAUGAAACUGUUUUAGCCUCUGUUUGUGCACGUGUGCAUCUUUCCCUCAUCUCCUACAAAAAUAAAUGAUGACCCAUUUUUUCCCUCUUUCAAAAUCAACAUUACCAUCCAUACUCCUCUAAACUCUUUCAUAUGCAUAGAAGAUGUGUAUAACUACCAAAGUAAGAUAGUUAUCUACUUUUAGGUAUGGAAGCUUUUAAGCACUUCAGAACAAGUUCUUUUUAGGGCUGAAAAUGGAUCGGAUACGGAUCGAAUAUUGAUAUAUCCAUAUCUGUAUCCAUAUUUUUCAACGAAUAUGGAUAUGGAGAUAUUAAACGGAUAUCAAAAUUAAUAUCUAUAUUUGUUUUAGACGAAUAUAGAUAUGAUUCGGAUAUUAAGCAUAUCCAUAUUUGUUAUAAAUGAAUACAGAUGCUAAUCGGAUAUUAAACAUAUCUAUAUUUUCCUAUCUAAAUACAGAUAUAAAUCGGAUACUUUUUUUAGAUAUUAAUCAAAUUUAACCAAAAUUCAAUGAUAAAAACUAUCAAUAAAGACAUGAUCAUAUAAAAAGGAUUCAAUUAAAAAAAAUAUAAUUUACAAGCAUUUAUCAAUAAUAAAAUUCAACAAUUUCAUAAAAGACAUAUCGUUCAAGGUUGCUGGUCACCGAAGUAGACGAGAUCUAUGGUGCCUCCAUGGCAUCUCAUGGCUAUAGCCGGUUGCAAUUGCAGGGUGGAAACUAGAAAAAAGAUGGGACCUUCGAAACCCUAGUUGCUUGAAUUCGACGAAGAGGAAAGAGGGACGAAAUAGAUGAACGAGAGGUUUGAGCCUUUCAAGUGUGCGGGGUGAUUCCAAAUUUUUUUUUCUAAUGGAGUAUCCGUAUUUGGGUUACUAUCUUAAGUGACGGUCAUCCGAUGUUUGGAUUUUUUUUAAUUCAGAUUUGGUUAAUCACUUAAUUGGUUUCUUGGUUUAACAUAACUUAAACUUUUUCUUUUCACUUACUCUUGUUAUACGGAUAUUCGGAU